UUGUACUGGGCCUGUUGGGCAGACGUGCAGUUAAUUGGGCACACGAAACGUGCGGUGCCCCAGCACAUGACUCGAACACAGCGCUUAAUCUGCUGUUAACUCCAUUGAUGUACUCAGUGCGUGAGUAAAGUGUGUAGAUAAUAACUGAGACAGACCGGCUUCGAAUGAACUUCGCCGCACCGGAGUUAGCGCAGAAAUUAUCCGACUAUUAGAGGUGGGAGGUCUGCGUGCUAUGACCCAGUCCCGCGAGGCAUUGGCCAUGAUGGAUGGAACCACUGUCACUUUUAGUAAACGUCGAGGUUAUGUUAUGAGUCGCUGGGGUAUAAUACUUACAGCGGCUGCGUUCCUGGCUGCAGUAGUGGCUACUGGACUUCUUGUGUACAAAUUUGCUUCUUGCGCAGAGUACGAGCCCGCUGGCACCUAUCCCACGGACGGUGCGCACAAUGGUACCAGCAGGGUGGUAGUGCCCGCGCACGCUACAGAGCCCGCCAUUCCCCACACUCCAUCAACUAAGUCUCCGAAACUAGACGUUCGCCUACCGAGGGCUGUGUUUCCAGACUCGUAUACGAUAAAGAUUAUUCCUUUUAUAUAUGAAGGGAACUUUACUUUCAAUGGAGAAGUAACCGUUAUUAUAAACGUGACAGAAGCGACAUUAAAUGUUACAUUGCAUUUUAAUGAUAUCAAGAUACAUGAAAAUACAGUAACAGUGACAGAACAUACACCAACAACAGAUGGAAGUUUUACAGAAGGAAAGAAGCUUUCGAUAGAUCACCUGAGCAAUGACACAACAAGGCAGUUCUUCAUCAUUCACCUCCAACAGCCCCUGUCACAAGGAAAGCAAUACAGGGUCAGCAUGGCUUAUGUUGGGAACCUAAAUGAUGUACUGCAAGGCUUCUACAGGAGUUCUUAUACUGUCAACAACCAAACACGAUGGAUUGCAACAACACAGUUCCAGCCAACAGAUGCCCGCAGAGCAUUCCCAUGUUUUGAUGAGCCAGCUCUCAAGGCGAGGUUUAAGAUCAGCAUUGCCCGCCCCAGUAACAUGACUUCUAUAUCCAACAUGCCACAAGAGGGUGCAUCUGAACCAGUAGAAGGCUUACCAGAGUACCUGUGGGACCAUUAUGGACAAUCUGUGCCAAUGUCGACAUAUCUUGUGGCAUUUGUUGUGUCAGACUUUGGUCAUAUAUCAGAAGGGAACUUUUCAGUGUGGGCACGUCAUGAGGCAAUCCAGCAAGCUGAGUACAGUUUGAAAAUAGGACCCAAGAUCCUACAUUAUUAUGAGAACUAUUUUGGUAUUCCAUUCCCUCUACCCAAGAUGGACAUGAUUGCUCUUCCUGACUUUUCAGCAGGAGCUAUGGAGAACUGGGGGCUUAUAACAUACAGGGAGACAGCGAUGUUAUACAAACAAGGCGUGUCUACCAACAACAACAAGCAGAGUGUUGCUACAGUUGUGUCACAUGAGCUGGCACACCAGUGGUUUGGUAACCUGGUCACGCCUAGUUGGUGGACUGAUCUCUGGCUUAAUGAAGGAUUUGCAAGCUACGUUGAGUACUUGGGUGUCAACGCGGUGGAGCCAUCAUGGAAAAUACUGGAACAGUUUGUCAUCUUUGACCUUCAGAAUGUGUUUGCUUUGGAUGCUCUUGAGUCCUCACAUCAGAUCUCAAUUGAAGUUGGUCAUCCUGAUGAGAUUAAUGAAAUAUUUGACAGGAUCUCUUACGGAAAAGGUGCUUCAAUCAUUCGCAUGAUGGAUCAUUUUCUCACCACUGAAGUGUUCAAGAAAGGAGUCACCAAGUAUCUUAAUAGCAGAAAAUACCAGAGCUCAACACAGAAUGACCUGUGGGAAGCACUUACAUCCCAAGCUCAUGCUGAUAAUGCUUUAGACCCAAAUAUGUCUGUAAAAGAAAUCAUGGAUACAUGGACACUCCAAACAGGUUUUCCACUGAUUAUGGUAACAAGGGACUAUACUACAGGAACUGUACAUCUUAAACAGGAACGUUUUCUUCUCCGCCGAAAAGCUGAGAACAGCAGUUUAACAACAGCACACACAAGCACGACUACAUCUGCACCAGGAACUAUGGGAUUAGGCCUAUGGUGGAUCCCUAUUACAUACACAUCACUUGAAAAUCCAGACUUUGAUAAUACCCAGCCAUCAUUCUGGAUGAAAGCAACUCCAGAACUCACCUUGCCCCCUGUAUCAGCUGGCCCUGAUCAGUGGGUCAUCUUCAACAUCCAGGAAACAGGCUUCUACAGAGUUAACUAUGACCCAACAAACUGGGGGCUUCUCAUAGAAUAUUUGAUGGACAGAGACCACUUCUCUCAGAUUGGAAUCAUCAACAGGGCACAGCUAUUAGAUGACUCACUAAACUUGGCUCGUGCUGGAAUUCUGGAUUAUGGUACAGCUCUGAAUGUGACUCGCUACUUGGCUAAUGAAUUGGAGUAUCUUCCAUGGAAGGCAGCUCUUAAUGCCCUUGGGUACAUUGAAAGCAUGCUUGUUAAGACAGGCAAUUAUGAUAAGUUCAAGGUAUAUAUGCUUGGUCUAUUGGAGAACCUGUACAAGCACACAGGUUUCACUGACAAUCCAAAUGACCCUCAGUUGACUGUAUACAAGCGGGUCAACAUCCUCAACUGGGCAUGCAGUCUUGGUCAUGAGGACUGUGUGCGUAACAGUGUACUACAGUUCCAGAACUGGAGGAGCUCACCUGAUCCCGAUCGUAACAAUCCCAUAUCUGCCAACCUCAAGAAUGUUGUGUACUGCACUGCAAUCCGUGUGGGUGGGCAGGAAGAAUGGGACUUUGCCUGGCAGAGGUACCGCAAGACAAAUGUAGGAUCUGAGAAAGACAUACUUUUGGGAGCGCUUGGCUGCAGUCGCGAGAUCUGGAUUUUGAGCAGGUACUUGGACUGGGCCAUAACUGAGAAUUCUGGUAUAAGAAAGCAAGAUGCUGCCCGAGUGUUUGGUGCAAUAGCCAACAAUGCUGUUGGUCAGCCUCUGGCUUACAGCUUUCUGAGGAACAAAUGGGAUCGUAUCCGUGAAUAUCUUGGAUCUUCUCUAUUCACUAUCAACACCAUCGUGCGUAGUUGUACCAAGCGAAUCAACUCACCAUUUGAACUCGGUGACUUGAUGCAGUUUGCAUUGGCUCACCGCCAUGAGUUAGGAACAGCAACUCGAGCUGUAGAACAAGCCCUUGAACAAGCAGAAGCCAAUGUCAAGUGGAUGGAACGCAACUAUGAACCCAUUGUGAGGUGGUUGGCUAAUGUUACUGCUGUGGCAGCAAGUUAAUGGGACCAAAGAGUCUCGAAAGCAACACAACCUCGCACAGACAAUCAUAUAAAAUUUGGGAUAAAGCCAAGAUAAUAUUUCCAUCAGGGAAUAUUGUGUAAUAACUGUACUCUAAGUGUUUUGCAACAAUUCAAAGUGUUCAAAUGAUUAUUUUUCAAUGUAGAACAGAGUCACUUGAUAAGGAAUGCAGUGAUUACCAUCAUGGUUGUUUAAGUACUGGAAUUUUAAUUUAAAGUGUUGCGAAUUCUUCAAGAGAGAAAGUGUCCAUUACUGGAGACAGUUUACUCCAUCAACAAAAGGAUCCUUUGAAGACUUUCUUUAGAGAGUUUAUGUUAAACACGUUUUCUAUUUCCACACUAUAUAUUUCAGUCUUUGCUAGUGAUGAGAGGUUAUUUAUAAAUUGAUGGAAUUUUGCUGAUAUUGAAACAGUCUGGUUGUCAUCAUCAUGGCAGUUUGCCACCUCAAAUUACUUUGGAGAUUUUGUGCUAUAUAUGUGCAACGUUUUUCACUAUUCUUUCUUCAUAUUCCUUUAUUGGACACCUGAAAAUGGCCAGCUAGGCCGAAACAUGUAGUGUCCAAUAAAAGAAUACGAAGAAAGAAUAGUGAAUGACUUUGAACAUAGACUGUACAAAAGCUCCAAAAUCAGAUCUAUACAAUGCAACAGGAUGCUGAAAUACAACAUUAUCUCAAACUACUGAAGUUCAUUAACAAUUGGAACUACACUGAAGCAGCAAUUACAGAAUUUCUUACAAGAGUUCACAGAAUAUUUGUGUGUUAAGCAUGGGAAUUUAAUUUUUUCUGAUAGCUCUACAGGUGAAACGAUUGUUUUGUCCCUGUGGUCUGCAUCUAGUGGAAAGGUUUCAUAAACCAUUAAUUGAUAAAUAUUUAAGACAAUAUGCAAAAUUCUUAAUAUACUUGAAAGGCAGUUUUCUUAUGAGAUGAAUAGGAAAGGCCACAAAUUGUCACAAACCAUAAAAGUUUCUAAAAUGUAUUAGGCAUUACUUUUCUUAGACUGUCGUAGCAUACUCAGGAUUGUAUGUCCAGCUUAUUUUUCUUUGUGGAUAUGACAGCAUAACAGUAUUAUAUAUGGCAUAUGAUCAUAUAAGUAAAAAUGUUACAUAAGAUUGGUUAGAAUAGAAUAUUUUCUUUUAUUUUUAUUGCGUAGCGUUCAUUAUCUUGAAGAUUACACUCUUCUGGGUUGUAACACCAUUUAGUGUAGACAGCCUAACAUUUUUCGGAAUCAGUUCGCAUCCAUCUACAGGGUUAAAGAAUACACCAAGCAAAAUACUAGCAGCAUGCUACCUGCUUCUGUUGGUUUCUUGCUUGGUUCACCCUGCAGUCCUGAAGUUUGAAGAACUAUGUUCCUCUGAAACAUCAGGCUGUCUCUGAACUAUAUAGCAUUACAACCCAGAAGAUUGCACUCAGAUCCAACACAGUUCAUUAUCUGUUCAUAUUAGUACCUCAUGAGGAGUAAAUUUAAUUAAUGUUUGUGAUAAACUUCAUUUUUUUGAGCAGCCAGAUUGACAAGGAUGCUUUGUGAGUUCAUAGUACAUAAAAGCUUGACUUGUGACACUCAAGAAGGGCUUUGGAAAUUAAAUCAUGGUACUAAAUAUGGCCUAAAUAUUUAUGAAGACAAACACUGUUCCUAAUUGUAAGAUAACAAAAUGACAUAAAGAUCAUAAAAAAACUAA